AUGGGUGAUUCGCCGGUGUUUCAUAUUCGCAAAUAUUGUCGUGAACAUACUUGCUCUGUUACGGAACGAUAUGGCCGUAGCCGUAAUGCUAAACCACCAAUCCUAGCUCAAUUAUACAAGGAUCAUGUUGGUGGUGUGGGAGGUUAUGUUGUACCAAAUCUUGUUGGGGAUGGGCUCAACCUACGAUAUGGUGUACAGCUUGGCUACUGGAAGGCACAUCAUACACUUAUAAAGGCGCGGGAGUAUGUUAGGGGUACACCUGAAAGUGGAUACGCUGAAUUACCGGCAUAUUUAUACAGGCUGAGGUCCUCUAAUCCGGGGACCCUUACUAGACUGGUCGUUGAUGCAGAAGACAGAUUCAAGUAUGUUUUCAUUGCGAUUGCUGGAUGCAUUAAGGGUUUCAGGUAUAUGCGGAAAGUUGUAGUUGUAGAUGGAACCUUUUUGAAAGGUGAAUUCAAAGGGACUCUUCUGAUAGCGACAACACAAGAUGGGAAUUUUAAUAUUUUCCCUCUGGCGUAUGCGGUUGUUGAUACAGAGAACGACGUGUCGUGGGAAUGGUUCUUUACUCAAUUAAGUAGUGUAAUUCCUGAUGAUGAAGAGCUUGCACUGAUAUCUGACCGGCAUAAAUCUAUUGCUGCAGCAUACCGUGUAGUUGAUUUCGAAGAAAUCUUCCAGCAAAUUCAAGAAGCGAAUCCGCAACUGCAUGCUUACUUGGUUCGUGCAGAUGUAACCAAGUGGAGCAGGGCGCACUUUCCUGGUGAUAGGUACAACUUCACCACGAGCAACAUUGCAGAAUUGCUAAACAAAGUACUGAAUCAUGUGAGAGCCUAUCCCAUUGUAGAGUUAUUAGAAGCUGUUCGGAAUAUGUUGACACGUUGGUUUGCUACAAGGAGAAAACAAGCUGCCGCAAUGCCAACUUUACUCACCAAAGGAGUGGAGAACCUGUUACAGGCACGUAUUGAACAUUCAAGGCGUCUAAAGGUUCAAGAAAUUGAUGAAGAUCGAUUUGAAGUAAGUGGUGGUACCUCAACGCAUGUUGUCAAUCUGAGGUAUAAGAGGUGUUCAUGUAGGCGUUUUGAUCUAGAGAGGAUGCCAUGCGUACAUGCUAUCGCAGCCGCAUAUACGGCCAACAUAUCAGUUAUAAACCAGCACCAUCCAUACUUCCGCAGAGACAGCCUCUGCAGUGGGUAUGCGGAGGCGAUAAUGCCGAUAGAUACAUCCUGCAUCGUUCCUACUGAUAUUACACCGUCUAGAUGUAAACCGCCUUUUGUUAGGAAUCCUCCAGGAAGGCCAAAGAUGUCGAGGAUGAAGUCUUUUGUCGAGGUUGCGUUGGAGACGAAGCGGCCCCGCAAACAGCAUGCUUCUCAGUGUCAACAUGUUGGCCACAACCGUACAACAUGUCCAGCUAAUACGUAG